UCAUGUUCAAAGAUAAGCAAUGACACGGACCAGAGGAAGCACAUCCUUGCUCAAUGCACCAUUACUAGGGGUGACCCUGCCUUCAGCUGAGCUGUAGCUUCCCCGCACAGCACUUGGGGUUUCCUGAACAACCACAUAUUGGGCAUUGCGCCUGAUAAUGUUUCUGUGAACACAUUCAACACAACUGAGACUCUUCCUGCAACUCCCAAAAAAGUUCCACUAACGAUGUUCGCACUCCAGGGCGCUCGAAUCCUUCGGAGCUAUUGGCAAAACUCGAACCCCGGCAAUGCAAUGGACUGUGAUAAAUACGAGAUCUUCCCACUGGAAAUAUGGCUACGUAUCUUGCACUACAGCCCCAUCAGCGUUCACGCAAGCAUGAGCAAAGUCUCAAGCACGUUCAGGGAUGUAGCGCGGCGAAGACUCUACCACACAUUGGUUAUUGGCGACGAAGAUGGCUCACUGGGCAUCACUGGAGACGACCCAACCCUGGACGAUGCAACGUGGGUGAAGAGUCCUCAACGAUUCCUUGAAAGCCAUUCGGGGCAUCAAGACUGGAAAUCCUAUGUUCGAAGGGUCUAUGUACAGUGUGAUCUAGACAAGUUUGAAGGAAUUUUAAGGGAUAGGCCCGUCCUUGUGCUUGGACCCGAAGUUGAAGUGGAAACAGAAUAUUCCAACGCCAUAUCAGCAUACGAAGCCGAGGAUACUUUGAUUCGCAAGAUUGGAUCGCUCUUCACCGAUAGUAACAGCAUGAGCGGCCUGAAUUUCUGUCACACGAUAAUGACAGGAGCAGGUGCUCCAUUCUGGCAGCCCAAUCCUCCAGCCUGUGGAGUAACUUCAUUAACAAUGAGUAUGCUCGAUGAGAGCGAGUACGAGAGCUGGGAGACUUUGAUGGAGAUCUUCCGUAUGCCGACACUGCGUUUUCUUGAAAUCAUGGGCUGGGAUGAUACCGCACGUCCAAUCGAGGACGAUUUUCAUGAUCCAGGCAUGUCGAACGUCACGCACCUCAUGCUGACCCAGUGCGGAGCUCUCAAUACUGAGAUGAUACCACUACUUCAGUGGCCGAAAGACCUUCAGAGGCUUCGGAUCAAAUCUGGCUUACCAACAUAUGACGACGAAGAUUCUGAUCUGGGGGACUGGGGCGAUGUCAGCAUACAGGAGGCGGUCGAUACCAUCCAGCCACUGAAAGACACUCUUUUGGAGCUUGAUUUCGAUCCAGGUGAUAGCAGAAACUGGACCCAACCAAUGGAACCUCUCCAGUCUCGAGCUUUCAGCAAUUUCACCAAGCUCCAGCGACUAAACGCACCACUAGAGAUCUUUGCAGACUCGAUGGCAUCCAUGAGAUCUCAUCCCACUCAUGUCUUUCACACCAAUUUCCCGUCAUCUCUAGAGAAACUGACCCUGGAUAUAAUGUACGAAGGUCCCCUCAACUACGUGCUCGAACGAGCUGAGACAGAAAGACGUGUACGGUCUGACGGCACCAUCAAUCAGGGCGGCGAGUGGGUGCGGAUAGAAGACCUUCCGUGCCGUGUAGGUUCUUCGGAGCCAUUUUCGGACGAUCAGUCACACGAGAUGUUCGCCGAGCUCGCGCAAUUAGCAGAACAUCGGUCUUCACACCCUGCGCUUAGCGAAAUUCGUCUCUUGGGGUAUGCGUACCAGUGGUUGAAUUGCGAGCACAUCCAGUUACACGCGCGAGUCAUCGAGCAGAGCGGUAUCACUGUCAUCGUAGAUCAAAAGGAAGAGUCUUCCAGGUCUUUGAUAGGUUCAGCUAUCGCCGACGAAAGACGUACUGCAGGUCUGGAAGACUUUGAUGAUGAUUGAGAGCCUGUCUUCGUAUUCGAUGAGACCGAGACGUCCUACGACUGGCAGAGUCGCUGAAUGCAGCGUCUGAAUUAUUGACUUCGACUGUCAGACAAAGACUCGGUGUACACGUCUGUGACGAUUACUCUCAGUGUUCGUGCAUGUUGUUUAGAAGUUCUGUGUAUCGUUGCAGACUCCUGGAUCUCUUCUACUGCUAGCCUGGUAUCGGGUUAUUGUAUCUGAGAGAUUAUUCCAGCAAUUAUUGGAUGGAGGUGCUGAGGU